AUAACCCUGAGCAGUAAGCUAAUGUCCUGUAGGACAACUGAGAAAGAGGACAAUACUGUUGGAUAGAUAUACACACAUCAGAGAGCAUCUGCGCAGCUUGGUGUUUCAUGUCAACUUGAGGAUGAAUUUUGCAGCACAGUUUUUUGCAAACUUUGUGAAUGACGGCUUGCAGCCACAAGAGACAAGGAGAGGCUUUAAUGACAGCGAGGAAUAUGAUCCCUUCUGGCAGAGGUGGGAAACCGUAGCGUGUAAAUCUGAAACCCUUAGAGUGUCUCCAACACCUAAUACUUCCCAGUGUCCUCUUGAGUCUGAGAGAUGUGAUAGUUCAGAGACGGAUAUGGAUGAAUCUAGAUACCAUGUAGCAACUCCUUCCCAUCCUGCGGUUCCUCCAUCCAGUGACUCACAUUCACCCGCACCUGCCCGUAAAACACCCAAACAAAGACGCCAGCCCGAACCCUCAGCGGCUACAGUUCACGUUCUUGAUCCCGGAGAGUCUCAAGCUGGAGUGUCAAAGAGAGUCGAUGAUCCUCAACCCGCUUCUAAAGCUCCCGGUCCUUCUCUUGUAGAUCCAGCAGAACUGCCCUCGUCUGUAGCUCUCCCUCCGUUUCCACAGCUUACCGAAAGCGCACCUUUCCUGUCGCUCUUCCAGGCAUUAGUGUACAUCCUUCUCAGACUCUUCCUCUCCUUCAUCCUCCUCUUCCUGCCACGCACAGAGCAGCGGCGAGGUUCCUCCAAACCCGACUGCUCCUUCCACAGCGGCCCGUGCGCAAAAGAUGCCCACGUCGUUAACGGUCGCGUGGGUCGCCGCUCAACUCUCAUCUGCCCAGAACGCCUGAAAGACUUUGGAGCUGAGGAAUACCUCAAUGGAGAUGUGAAGGUCUUCGAGACCACCGUCUCAGAACCACCGGAGGUCCAGUUGAUGUCAACACCAAAACCGUCCGUUAAGAAAGGCGGCGAGGGCAAAUCAGCACCCAAAGCUGCUCCUGAACAUCUGCGCUUCGAGGACAUCAGCGCGGCCGCAUUCAAACUCCAGCAGUCAGGCAUUCAGAAAACUCCCUGCACGUACUCCAGACUGUCCAAACAGUAUGGGAUGGAAAUCUACCUGAAGAAAGAGCUUCUCCAUUACACUGGAUCUGUGAAGGAGAGAGGAGUGCUGUGCCUGCUGUCCUCACUCAAACAGGAUCAGCAGAGGAAGGGCGUGAUCGUGGCCACGGACUGUAACUUCUCCAUGGCGGUGGCGUAUCACGCAGUGGAGAUGAGGAUUCCCGUUUUCGUCAUCAUGCCGGCGUACAGCUCUCCUCCGCGCCUGCGCAUGUACAGAGACUACGGCGCAAUGGUCAUCUCCUACGGCAGCACAGCGCGAGACUCCAUCAACCACGCGCGCCACCUGGCCAAAGAGAACGGAUACCUGUGUCUCGAGGAGGAUGACAGCGCCGUGUAUCUGGCAGGCCUGGGCACCGUGGGUCUGGAGAUCUACGAGCAGGUGCCCAAGCUCGACGCCGUCAUCGUGCCCGCGGGCGGACACUGUGGCCUCCUGGCAGGAACCGCAGCCGCCAUCAAACACCUGAACCCUCGCAUCUCUGUCAUAGGUGUUGAACCAGAGGAGUUUCCUCUUCUACUGCAGUCACUCAAAACUGAUUCCCUCAUUAAAGAUCUCUACUGCAACCCCAACAAGAAACUCUACAGAGAUUUGGUGGAUCACUCUCUGGGAACACAUACCUUUCAGCUGGCCAAGAAACUGGUGGACAAAGUCAUUUCUGUCAGAGAGGCGGACGCUCUUGUGGCCAUGCUGAGGUUUCAGGAGUAUGAGCGCUCGACCGUGGACACAGAAGGAGCCAUGGGUUUGGCCGCCAUCUUAGGUGGACAACUGCCAGAGCUUAAAGGCAAAAGUCUUGUUGUGGUGGUGAGCAGUGCAAACAUGGAACUGGACCUGGUUCUGCAGUGUGUGGAACGAGCUCUGGUUCUGGACGACAGAGUCGGUCGCUUCACGGUGCAGCUGGCGGACUGGCCUGGAGACAUGGCCAAACUACUGGACCUGCUGGCCAGAGAGGACGUCAGGUUGCUGGAUGUUUGUCACAGACGCUACAGUGAUAAAGCAGAGCUCUUCAAAGCACAGGUCGAGUGUGUUGUUGAAAUGAGGGAUAAAAGUCAGAACUCACAGCUGCGGCGGACGCUGUCAGACCGCUAUCCGUCACUGCGCUGGCUGGAGCGGUGAUCCACACACACACACACACACACGUAAAAAUACACUCUCUCUCUCUCACACACACACACACACACACACACACGUAAAAAUACACUCUCUCUCUCACACACACACACGUAAAAAUACACUCUCUCUCUCACACACACACACACACACACACACACACACACACACACACACUCACACACACAUUGUCAUAAUUAAAAAGCAUGAUUAUGUGUCAGAAAUGGGCUUCCACAGAUCUCAGGAUCUGACACUGAUCACUGCUGUUUGACAAACACACACAAAUACAGCAUUUAGAAGAAAAGACAACAUUUAAAUACUCUUAGUGUCAAAGAUGUCACAUGAAAUAUGGAAGUAAAGAUCACUUAAGUCUCAGUCAUUCCACACUGAUUCAAUUAAUUAUUAUUGGAUGUCCUGUAGAUGGGGAUGAUCUUUAUGGGAGGAGGGUUGAGCUGUACAUAUCUUUAUUUAUAAACGUCACUGAAUGUUUGAUGUGGAAACUAGCUGUUCUGACGUCUGCUGUAUUUAGCCUAAGAACAUAAAGCUUUAUUCUGUAUAUAUCAAA